AUGUCUAGUUCAAUAUUUGGCCCACUCGUGGGCUUUUUAGAGCGUGUCAAUUCACUCAAUGCGCCCUACCAAGCAUUAUCAUAUGACGAACAGAAGGCCAUGACUAUUUGGCAAAGAGUCAAAUUUUAUAACUGGACUUUUGAGUUGUGCGCUCUAGGUAUGUUAUUCUUGGUGUUCGCUUUCUACAAAUUCGGUAACUCUGUUAAUUUGAAGCGCGGAAACCAAAUCUUCCAAUCUUUGCAUUCAUUUUUGGCCAACGACUUAAAGUUUUCUCGUGUAGGCUUCAAUAUCAAUGAUUCCAAAAUUUUUACCGUCGAACACCAAAAUACAUGGUUCUCUUCUUUUGCUACUGGUAGAUCCGCUAUUGAGAGCAUCAACUUGAACCUUCAUUUGGUAGCUCGUAGCAACCCUUUUUCUAUGUGUCUAGAAUACCUGCUUGGAUUUUUUUUCACAAGCUUGAAAAGUAAGCAAUUGGAGGAAUUUAUGGAGAUCGUUAUCAAACCAAAUGGUAUUUUUGUUGCUGGUGAGUCUGCUCAUCCCAACAAGAAUGCGCAAGAAGUUUUGACCAAAUUCAGAUUUGUUACUUCUAUUGUCAACAAAGAAUUCAUGAAUCAAGCUAGAACUGAAAAUUAUUUUCUAUCUAUUGCCCACACUAGUGAAAACGAUAAAUUGCCAAAUAAUUUCGUCUACAUGUCCGACGUCAACCAAUUAUCUGGGUUCAUGUUUCAUUACUCUAAACCCUAUGAGAUUUUGUCCCAAGCUGGUAAUCUUUUGAAAUAUAUUAGUUUCACUGACUUACCUGUCGACGCACCACGUGAUGACAAAGAAUGGGAAUCUUCAAUUGAGCCAAAAGCUAUCAUUCGUUGCGCUGUUCCUCAAAACGAGAAUGAAUUGAAGUUGUUAAACCAAAUUAUUGCCUUAGUCGUAGAAAUCUACGAUGGGUGUACCCAAGAUUUAGUCCAAAAGUCUCCAAACUUAUUCAUCACCAAUGACAUCUUGAAGAGGACUACCAACUUGCGCCAGCAAGAGUUGAACAAGAUCAAAAAGUUCAUGAAAGAGACCGAAUUGGAAUUGGCGAAGGAAAAGAAAUUAGAAUUGGAAAAGGCCAAGAGACGUCAAUUGAAGGCCUCUGGUGAACAAGAGAAGGUAGAUCAAAAGAUGAAAGAAAAGAGAGAAAGACGCCUCAGAAACAAGCAAAGAACAAGGAUUCAAUAA